UAGAAAAAUACAAAUUAUUAUGAUCAUUAUUUGGCUGCUCUUCACUUUAUAUAUAAAGAACGUUCCCUCCACAACAUUAUAUCCUUCUCUGUAUGAUCCAAGUCAAAAGCCAAUCUUCACACGAAAACUAAGAUUUGAAACCAUACAGCUACCAUUUUCACAGGUUUGUUGCAGGAAGAUUGAUUCAACAAUGAUGCCAAAGGCUACAUCUUACUCCACAAAGGAUUUUCAAGCAUCUCAAAUGUUUCCUGUGAAUGAAUAUUUGGCUUCAUCUUCUGUUGAACUAAGUUCUUCCUCAACUUCACACUCUUCUACCUCCCUCCUCUGCUAUCUCUCUCUUCUGAAGGACAAGCUAGGUCAGCUGCAGAACCUGGUUGAUGUUCUUGUCACCCCUCGACAUAACCUAACUCCCAUGGCAAUCUCCACCAUGAACGCAACACUCGAAGAAAUCAUAGUGGCAGCCACAUCAAUGAGAUUUACCUGUCAGCAAAUGACUCUUGGUUCCUCUUCAGGUACUAGUAUUGCUAAUGAAUUGCACCGAAACCAGAACCAGCAACAACUUGAUCAUGGUAGCGUAUUAUCACCUCAUCAUCCAUCAAACUUUGGCAACAACAAUAGGGGUAUGCUUAGUAUGAGUAGCAUUAACAUGAGCUCUUAUAUGAUCAGAGGGCAAAGUAAAUUCCUAUCUGGUAUAGAAGGAGGGGCACUGGAUUGGUUUGGUGAAAGAUACAACAAUAACAAUAUUGGAGAUUGUAACAUUAAGGAUGAAGAAGCCGACAGGAACAUCAUGAGAGAGAGUGAUAUAAUCGAAUUGGAUGCUGCUGAUUUGUUGGCCAAGUACUCUUAUUUUUGCCAAGUGUGUGGGAAAGGGUUCAAACGUGAUGCGAAUUUGAGGAUGCACAUGAGGGCUCAUGGGGAAGAGUACAAAACAAAUGCAGCCUUGAGCAACCCAAUGAAAAGCAGGGAGAGUUUAUUGGGUGAGGGAAGUUCCAGCAAGAAAUAUUCAUGCCCUCAAGAAGGGUGUAGGUGGAACCAGAAACAUGCAAAGUUCCAGCCAUUGAAGUCAAUGAUCUGUGCUAAAAACCAUUACAAGAGGAGCCACUGCCCCAAGAUGUACGUGUGCAAUAGGUGCAACCAGAAGCAGUUUUCGGUGCUUUCUGAUUUGAGGACACAUGAGAAGCACUGUGGGGACGCCAAGUGGCAGUGCUCCUGUGGGACAACAUUUUCUAGGAAAGACAAGCUUAUGGGCCAUGUUGCUUUGUUCGUGGGACACACCCCAGCUAUUCAUGGCUUCUCGACAUAUGUUCGAUGAUUCAUCAUCAAGAGCUGCUGAUUAACUCUUCCAGUUUCAGUGUGCAGUAAGUUGGGGAGAGUGAUCUCGAGCAUGUUCACUGCACAAAAAUUCGGUUCGGUUGCAAAUUUUCUGCCAUAGCAUAUCAUUGUACAGAUGUGGUAUAUAUAUAUAUAUAUAUAUAUAUAUAUAUA